CUGGAGCCAGAGCGCCAAUGCUCGCGAGAGCCCUGCCGGCUUCCACGUUUGCCACGUUCCAGAGAACCAAGGCAGACUAAAAAGCCACAUGCCGCUCGAGCUUCGCAGCCCUUGCGCAGCACCAGACUUGCUUCGGCCUGCAAAGGGCUGGGGAGUGGGGGGAGGGAAGAGGGUAGCCGGCCACACCUCCUCCCAGAGGUCCUCUUGAUUGGCUCGCAUUGCCGUCCUUCAGAUAUGUCCCCCGAGAAGCUCGCGAUGGCCCCACGCAAGAACGCCAAGGGCGGCGGCAGCCACAGCAGCGGCAGCACCAGCACCAGCACCAGCAGCAGCAGCGGUAGUGGCUCGGGCAGCGGUAGCCCAAGCACGGGUAGCAGCCGCAGCAGCAGCAGCCCCGGGGCUCGGAGAGAGGCGAAGCAUGGAGGACACAAGAACGGGAGGCGAGGAGGGAUUUCCGGAGGUUCCUUCUUCACCUGGUUCAUGGUCAUUGCACUGCUGGGCGUCUGGACGUCUGUGGCCGUCGUGUGGUUUGACCUUGUGGAUUAUGAGGAAGUUCUAGCCAAAGCAAAGGACUUCCGUUAUAACUUAUCAGAGGUACUUCAAGGAAAACUAGGAGUCUAUGAUGCAGACGGUGAUGGAGACUUUGAUGUGGGUGAUGCCAAAGUUUUGUUAGGACUUAAAGAAAGAUCUACUUCAGAGAGGACGUCCCCACCAGAGGAGGCCGAGCCACCGGCUGAGCUGGAGAAGCAGGCUGCUGAGGGGCCAGAAGUCCAGAAUGUUGAAGAUGAAGUAAAAGAACAAAUUCAUUCUCUUCUCCAGGAACAGGAACACACAGAAUAUGCCCCGCAGCCGGAAGCAGAUGGAGCAUCAGGAGAGCCACAGCCAGAGGCUGAGGACGUCCUCACAGUGACUGAUGGAGAGGACAGAGUUGAGACCGUGGAACCUGGGGCAGUCCAUGAAGAAACUGAGGAUAGUUACCAUAUGGAAGACACAGCAUCACAGGACCAUCCAGACGACGUGGAAGAGAUGGUGAAUGAUCAGGAAGGCUCAGAGGAAGCAACACACCAAAAUCAUGAUGCACCAGAUAAUGCCAUAGAAGAUUCCAGCAUCAUUUCAGAAGAAAUAAACAUCCCCUCCGUGGAAGAACAGCAAGACACUACACCAGUUAAGAAAAAGAAGCCUAAACUUCUGAACAAAUUCGACAAAGCAAUCAAGGCCGAGCUGGAUGCUGCAGAAAAGCUCCGGAAAAGGGGUAAAGUCGAGGAAGCAAUGAAUGCAUUUGAAGAACUGGUUCGGAAGUACCCCCAGAGCCCACGAGCAAGAUAUGGCAAAGCACAGUGUGAAGAUGACUUGGCAGAGAAGAGGAGGAGCAAUGAGGUCCUGCGCAGGGCCAUCGAGACCUACCAGGAGGCGGCCAGCCUGCCCGAUGCCCCCACAGACCUGGUGAAGCUGAGCUUGAAGCGACGGUCAGAAAGACAGCAGUUUCUAGGUCACAUGAGAGGCUCCCUGCUUACCCUCCAGAGGCUAGUUCAGCUAUUCCCUAGUGAUACGGCAUUGAAAAACGACCUUGGCGUAGGAUACCUCUUGAUGGGAGACAAUGACAGUGCCAAGAAGGUUUAUGAAGAGGUUCUGAACGUGACACCCAAUGACGGCUUUGCUAAAGUGCACUACGGCUUCAUCCUGAAGGCACAGAACAAGAUAGCGGAGAGUAUUCCCUACUUAAAGGAAGGAAUUGAAUCUGGAGAUCCUGGCACGGACGAUGGCCGGUUUUAUUUCCACUUGGGAGAUGCCAUGCAGAGGGUCGGGAACAAAGAGGCAUAUAAGUGGUAUGAGCUUGGGCACAAGAGAGGACAUUUCGCCUCCGUGUGGCAGCGGUCCCUCUACAAUGUGAAUGGCCUAAAGGCUCAGCCAUGGUGGACGCCCAGAGAGACUGGCUACACGGAACUGGUGAAGUCUUUAGAAAGAAACUGGAAGUUAAUCCGCGAUGAAGGCCUCAUGGUGAUGGAUAAAGCCAAGGGUCUCUUCCUGCCAGAGGAUGAAAACCUCCGGGAGAAGGGAGACUGGAGCCAGUUCACACUGUGGCAGCAAGGAAGGAAGAAUGAGAAUGCCUGCAAAGGAGCCCCUAAGACCUGUACUUUAUUAGAAAAGUUCUCCGAGACAACAGGAUGCAGGAGAGGACAGAUCAAAUAUUCCAUCAUGCACCCUGGAACUCAUGUGUGGCCACACACAGGACCCACAAACUGCAGGCUCCGAAUGCAUCUAGGAUUGGUGAUUCCCAAGGAAGGCUGCAAGAUCCGGUGUGCCAAUGAGACCAGGACGUGGGAGGAAGGCAAGGUGCUCAUCUUUGACGACUCUUUCGAGCACGAGGUGUGGCAGGAUGCUUCGUCAUUUCGGCUGAUCUUCAUUGUGGAUGUGUGGCACCCGGAGCUGACCCCUCAGCAGAGGCGCAGCCUUCCUGCAAUCUAAAAGGAAUCGUCACAGCCUUGGGUGCACUCCCCGGAGGCUGCCGUUCUGCUUCUCCUGGGGUGCAGAGACAGACAUUCAAGCACUGUGACUCUUUGGUCCCCUUGCCUUGCAGCUAAAGAUCUCUAAGGUUCCUUCUGGAUGGGAAAUCACUGGGAGGAGUAUUUGCCUUACUGCAAUUCAUUUAGGAGGCCCCUUGCUUCAAGUCACCCAUGGCAGCACAGAUGUUCUGCCUGGACUGAAGGGGAACACUUGGCUGUGUCUACAUUGCUAGCCAAAGAUAUUUUUCUACAUGGAGUAGUGUACACAGAGGGUAUACCAUAUGGAGAAACUGUGAAUGAAUCACUUUCGUUUGUAAUUUUUCUAGGCAGUUAUAUUUUUCUAGGUAGCCAAACUGUUCUGUCACCAUCUACCCUGGUUUCUGUCGACUUUGAUGAGAAGUACAAAUGCAUCCCUUCUGAAUGUUAAGUAGUAAUUUUCUGGUCAGUUCAGACAUAUUCCUUUUAGGGGGAAAAAAAAACACUUGUGAAAAAGGCAACUUUAUUUGGUUUUCCUAAUAUAAAUGGGAAGUUACUCUGGGAUAUAUUAACUGUGCCGACCCUUGCCCUUGGAUCUCCCUGUGUAUCUUCGUUUAUACUCAGCUUCUUCUCCUGUCUCUGAGCUUAUCAUGGAAAUGCUAUCAAGCUCUUAUACCUAAGAGCAACGCUUUCUCUUUGACACUGAGCAAAGCCAUGGAAAUAUUUUAUGUUCUAAUAAGACAAUACCACAGAUAACGGGGCUCAGAGAAGAUCUAACAUGGACGUGAACGUUCCCACUCAGGGUCAGGUGACCAGAUAGCCUGGACUUUUUGCCUUCUGCACACAGGACCUGGAAUCUGCAGUGGCCACCUACUCUAGGUCCACUUGGAUGCCAAGAAGAUGGCUGCUUGGUUUCUGAGAGUCUCCUCACAAUUUUGUCCAUGUAGGAGAGCAGUGUAGGAAGUUCCCAGGAAUGCUGGGUUCCUCCCCCAGGUGGAGGUGGUAGAAUUUGUUAAUUCUGAAUUCGCAGGCAGUUUCCAUCGUCCAUGCUCAAAAAAAGCCUGCCAUCUAGUAAUUAUUAUUUUGAAACAGCGUUUCACUUGUAUGUUUGAUCUAAGUAUGGCGCAUGGCAUAGGAAGAAGAGCAGAAAGUCAUCUUGCCACUCCUUCCAAGAUGAUCAAUUUCACCGGUAAAAUCACUGCCUUGGAUUUUCUGUUUGACAGUUAAAGCUAAUUCAAGCCUCAGAAUGUAAUGCCAUUCAUGCACUGAUCCCUAAGCCAGUCGAACAAUAAUGCUGCAGAAAUGACACGUAUUCCAGUCACAUAGGUGGAUAAACACAGAUGCAUUCUUUUCAGACAGUGUCAAAAGAAAAUGCUCUCUGGACCCCACUUAGCGAGCAAUUUUUUGAAAUUGGCAUUGAUCCUUUUUCUUUUAGCUUAAGGAUACUAGCUUUUAGUAGGAAGUUUACAAAAUAUGUGACCAUUCAUUUAAAAAGGUACUUUAUCCUUCUUUUGUCAAUGUUCAAAAAUUCCUCUAAGGCAUGGAAGGAAAAUAACAAGUCAUCACCAAAUUCCAGAAAAGAAAACAAACUCUCAGAAAACAAAAGGUGUUUGCGUUCUUCAGUAUUUAUUAAAUGGAGGAACUUAUUGACAAAAGGCAAUACAAUUCAGAGUUCAUGUUGUGACACUCGGCCGCCUAUUGGGUUUGGUUCUCCAACAUAUUACAUACACAUAACGAAAUGCAAACCAUAUGUUCUCACCGUUAAACCGUCACCUUACAGUCAUGUCAUAAAAUGGUAGAAAUAAGUGAAAAUUAGCUUUUGCCUUAGUAAAUAUAACAUGGUUUUUAAAAUAUGGUCAUUACAGUAGGAUUCUAAAUAUUGUCGUGUGAAAAGCCAGAAGAACCAUUACCGUCGUUGACUCCAACAAUAUUUUGAGUACUUGGAUCCCACAUUUGUUUUAUAAACCCAAGCAAUAAAAGAUUUUCUAAUUCACUUUAAUCUUUCCAUUCUC